AUGUCCAACCUAUCCAUCGACAACACCAACUCGACGUCAUCUUCCGACAAGACACCAAACAACAAUCCAUCACCCCAACCCAUUGAUAGAAAGAAGGAAAAAACACUGCUGGGAAAGGUCUUAACCCAACAGCAUUUAUCAUCGAAUCCACAGCAAUAUCACUCAACCAUGUUAAAAAAUUUAGAUUCUUUAAAAUCAUUUCGGAAAUCAUCCUCUAGUGCAAGUGCUGUCAUCACUAUCAAUGUAGGAGGUGUUUUAUAUACCACUUUCAAAGACACCUUGUCUAGAAAAAUCAAUGGAAAAGAUCAUCUGCUCUCAGUCAUGUUUUCCAACGAAGAUCAUUUUGAUUUUUCACGUGAUGACAAGGGAUAUAUUUUCAUUGAUCGGAAUGGCAAUUUGUUUUCUUAUAUUUUGGACUAUUUACGAUGUGGAGGAGAUGUCAAACAAUUUGCCUUGCCAAUUCACAAUCCAUGUUUAAUGCAUGCUUUAGAAAUUGAAUUUGAAUUUUUUAAUUUUAUUGAUUUGUGUGUAUUGUUGAGAGGAAGAAGAAAAACUUUUAAAAUUGAAAAGAAGAAAUAUACUAAAAUCAAAACUCCUACAAAUAACAAGAGUGGAAGUGAAUUAAUGUCAGAUCCGACGUCUUCUCAAUUAAACUCCAACUCUGCCACUGUUAAAUCCGUUGAAAUUAUUUCCAAGCAAGAUCAAAGUGCAAUAACAAACGAAGAUGAAGACACCAAUGAUGACACUUCUAGUAUUUUACUUGAGGAAAAUGAUGAAUUGGAUGAUGAAUUUUUUGAAAGGAAAUUGGAAGAUGAUUUGCUUAUUGCAGUGGACCACUACUCGGAUUCCAGUGAAGACUUCGAUGAAGAUGUAAUAUUUAUUGAACCACCCACUGCAGACGCUGUUUUAACUCCUUCAUCAGAACCAAACGUGAUUGACGAUGAGGAUUCUGUUUCUACCUUCGAUGCAGCCAUCAAGAGCGUGAAUGAUGAAGUGAAUUUAGUGAUACAUCACAAGUCUUCAUCGCAUCAUCCAACACCACUAUUGUCUCAAAUUACACAUCAAAGGGAAAAACACAAAUCCAAUGCUCUUUCAAAAAAACAAAAAUCAACUCUCUUCUCUUCGUUCCACAAUAUUAAGCACAAAAUUUGUAAUGAAAAGGGAGAGUCAGUGAUUGGCUAUUCAGAAGAUGCUAGUAUUUGUUAUAUUUAUCCCAAUCUCUCUAGAUAUUACUAUCCUAUUAUUUGUAAGCAACCCAUUCAACUCAGAGGAGUUGAUCGAAGAUUAUCCAAAUGUUACAAUUAUUAUGAAAUUACUAUUAACAGUGACUUUGAAGAGAAGAUUGAUUAUGUGAAUUAUAAUAUUCCUGGAAUAGUGGUAGCAGUCAUGAGUAACAAGAAUAUCAAGGUGUUGAAGCAACAUCACAAAAAAGAUUUACCAAUUGAUUUGAAGAAGGAAACGGUGACAAGUUUUAAUUUAAAGAAUGGAAGUUAUUACAGUAAUGAAGAAGGAAAGCAUGUAAUUGCCAUUCGAAGAUUUUUAUGUGGAGAUCGAGUUGGUGUUCAUUUUGAUGCAUUCUCACGAGUCAUUACUUUAUUUUACAACGGGGCAACACUCUUUACGACUCAAUGCCAUCUGGAUCAAAUUACUUCUUCCACGAGAUUAUAUUUUGUAGUUCUUGUUAAAUCCAUGUAUGGAGUUGUUCCUUCUUAUAUUACAUUGUUCAGCAAUGCUCAACAUCCUUUCAAGUAUUGGAAUGAGGACCCGAGUGAUGACAACAAGAAACUUCAAGCAUCUUUGAAACUCAUUUCAAAACGAUUGGGAGACGUGCUUACAUCGAGCAAUGAUAAUGAAGGACAAAAUUACACUACAGUGUCACAUCAUGGAAAAUCAUCGAACAAGAGAUGA